AAGCAGAAGUGCCUCUUUCAGGGAGGAAUCAGCAUGACCUCUAUUCAAAGCAGAAAAACACAUCCAGUUUUCUCAUUUUGAACCUAUUGCUUCAACCUCAGUUGUAGCCAAACUAUUAAUUUCAAGACAAUGAAACGCCUUCCAUUGCAUCGUUGAUUAUCUUUUCAGAAAUAACUGAUUUUGAAACAUGUAGAUAAGAAAAUAGGAAUGAUACUUUGCAUUGCAAGUACACUGUUUUAGCAGGCUGUGGUAAAGUGGCUAACUGAUGUGAAAAUGAAACGGUCUGAUGAUGCGCAUCAACAGAGCAAGGCAAACCACAGAAGUUAAACUAGGCCCAGAGUGUAAAAUGCAUUGGGUACUUUAGCAGGUUAGAAUUCUAUAUUUUAUACAAAGUGGUUAAUGAGUGUGCUUUGCAGAGUAGCUAAAAAAGAAACGGUACAACUUGCAUAUGAACAGCGUCCCGCAGCCACACCUGUUAGUGUUUCUACAGCUCAGUAGCUCUGCCUGGCCUGUGAUCAGCCUGCCCUUCAUGGAGAGAAGAAGAAGUGUUAUUGUGUUGUUGACUGUACGUUUGUUUAUCCCAUGUGUCACUCUGUGUUUUUGUCGCACUGCUUUGCUUUAUCUUGGCCAGGUCGCAGUUGUAAAUGAGAACUUGUUCUCAACUGGCCUACCUGGUUAAGUAAUGGUGAAAUAAUGUAUAUAUUUUUAAAAGUGAAAACAUGAGUAGAACAUGGAGUUUACAAACAUGUCCUCACCCCAUACUCUGAGAGUUUUAACAUCUACUGGUGGGCUUCCAAUGUGGAUGAUGCUUCUUCACCUCUCCAUAAGCUAUGAACCUGUUUCCAAACCAAAGGUGAGAACCUCCUGUACUUUUGAUGGGAGAGUUGUUCUGACCUGCUCUGUUGACAAAGGAGACAGAGUUGUGAUGAUCUGGACCGAGCAGCCAUUUGCCUGGACAGGGUCCAAUCAGACCCUGAGCUCAGGGCCUGUUCUAUUCCUGGACAGCCAUACGCCUGGAAACCUGACCUGUGUGGCAAUGAACGAAAUAAGUGAGGAAGGCUUCAGCCCAGUUGUCCCAACAUGCAGAGGUCACAGGUCAGCUGUGGCUGCAUUUGGUCUCUUUGCAUUUGCACUGACGACACUGGCCGUCGCCAUUCUACAUUUGAAGAAGAGGCGUCAGAAAAAGAAAAAAGGUCAAAGUCAGACUGAAUAUGUGGAGGAGAACAACUACAUUGAGAAGCGUGGGAAUUUAUGCAACAAAUGGCCACAGGAGGAGACCACAAUCCACCCGGACCAAGACACCUCCCAUUACGAAUUCUGCAGACCUCUUGCACCUGCUUCCAGCGAGAGAAAGAGACGACUAUCACUGGAGUUGAAUGAUAUCUAUGUAUGAAGAACAAUGUGUUAAUGGCAUUACAUUUCAAUAGUAUCGAUUUGUUUUCCAAUGUGAAGUAUGCAACUUCGCACCAUAAUUACUGAUCAUUUUUUACAAUUCAUUAUGGUGUAUUUCUGCGAUAGAUUUAUUUUUGUUGCAUAGUCGUAGAGCCUAGAGAAGCAACAUAUAGGGCAUUAUUUCACCUGUAUUUUGAUAUUGUAUCAUACCCGUACUGACUUCAUUAUCAGACUGGACCACUAGGUGGAAGCAUUACAGUGUGAUAAAGAAACAUGGUGACGAGAGGUGAGAAGAAACAUCACAGGAUUACUGUCAUUACAUCAAUAGUUGUUUCAAAACAUAUGGACGCUGCUGGGACGACUGUAAAUUAUUCCAUUUCAAACUGUUCUAGCUAUUAUUGUCUACUGUUUGUUAAACUUCAAAAUGUCCAGAUAAAAUACUCCUGAGUGGCACAGCGGUCUAGGGCACUGUUUCUCAGUGCUAGAGGUGUCACUACAGACCCUGGUUUGAUUCCAGGCUGUAUCACAACCGGCUGUGAUUGGGGGUAGCUAUCUCUCCAGUAACAGGGUUGGAGUUAAAACCUACAGGAGGGUAGAUCUCCAGGAACAGGGUUGGAGUUAAAACCUACAGGAGGUAGAUCUCCAGGAACAGGGUUGGAGUUAAAACCUACAGGAGGGUAGCUCUCCAGGAAUAGGGUUGGAGUUAAAACCUACAGGAGGGUAGAUCUCCAGGAACAGGGUUGGAGUUAAAACCUACAGGAGGGUUGAUCUCCAGGAACAGGGUUGGAGUUAAAACCUACAGGAGGGUAGCUCUCCAGGAACAGGGUUAGAGUUAAAACCUACAGGAGGGUUGAUCUCCAGGAACAGGGUUGGAGUUAAAACCUACAGGAGGGUAGAUCUCCAUGAACAGGGUUGGAGUUAAAACCUACAGGAGGGUAGAUCUCCAGGAACAGGGUUAGAGUUAAAACCUACAGGAGUUUAGCUCUCCAGGAACAGGGUUGGAGUUAAAACCUACAGGAAGGUAGCUCUCCAGGAACAGGAUUGGAGAGCCCUGGCACUACAUCAGUGCAGUUUCAUUACAAGUGAUGUUAGAAUGAAGAAUGUAAAUACAUGUAAACAUGUUUACUACACGUUUUACUACACGUCAAAUAGACUACAUAUGCAUACAUAUAAUUGGUACAUUUUUACUGUAUGAAAUGCAAUGUCAGCUUAGUAAAUGUUGAUUGUUUUUAAACCUAA